AUGCGAGUCCCCUUCAUCUUGCGGCCUUGUAUCAAAGCCCCACAAGCUUCUCUACGACAACGCCGAUAUGUCGUUACAGCGAACUCCAAGCUCACCGAUCUAACGAUUACUCCCGGCUCGGAAAACCACAAUGACCUACCCUCUUUCCUCGCCUACGCCGAAAGGGUCAAUCUACUCCCGGACAAGGCCGUCUACGUAGGCACCCACUACGAAUACACGGUCGCCGAUGCCCUGAAGCGCCUCGGCUUCGCCCUGACACGUACGGGAAGACAAUCCGACCACGGCAUUGACCUCAUCGGGACGUGGACGCUGAACCUCUUCCCUUUCCCGUUGCGCGUCUUCGCUCAGUGCAAGGCGAGCAACCAGAAGCUGAACCCAGCGAACGUGCGCGAGUUAGAAGGGGCAUUUAAUGCUGCGCCGGCAUCAUGGAGAGGUGAGGAUGUACUGGGUCUACUGGCCGGCACGCAGAAUGCGACGAAAGGAGUGAGGGAUGCGCUGGUGAGGAGCAGGUGGCCAAUGGGGUUCCUCAAAAUUAGGCGCGAGGGGCUAGUAGAGCAGUUUCUGUGGAACAAGAGCGCUGCGGAACGAGGACUAGAAGGUGUGGACGUUGGGAUGAGAUAUGUCUUGGCCAAGGAUGCUGAUGGUGGCGAUAUUAAAGAAGUAAUCCUGAACUGGAAAGGGCAGGAGAUACCGGCAAGCUCGAUCGGAGUGGUUGUGCCCGGGAAGGAGCUAGACACUGCAGCUGAUCCAGAGAUUGUGGAAGCAGAAAUUCCCAAGCUGAAACGGAGAAGAGGUCGUCCGAGGAAGACAGCAGAGCAACUCGCUGUGUGA